AUGGCCGACACCGAGGAUACUGGCGCUGGAUCUGUCUCCGAACCUUUGGAUCUGGUCCGCCUCUCGCUCGAUGAGAUCGUCUUCGUGAAGCUCCGCGGCGAUCGCGAGCUCAAGGGUCGUCUACACGCCUACGAUAGCCACUGCAAUCUUGUGCUGGGUGAUGUCGAGGAGACCAUCUACGUGGUCGAGGAGGAUGAGAAUGAAGAGGAGACCAUCCGAACAAUAAAGAAGCAAGAGGAGAUGCUCUUUGUACGAGGUGACUCAGUUGUUUUGAUCUCUCCACAGGCGUGA